AUGAACUUUGAGUUUCUCCGAACCCUUCAUGGGUUCAUCAACUUUUUGCAAGUUGUAAGUUGAAGAAAAAUAUGAAGACCGAAGUGGAAAAUUUUUUCUAGAAUCUUGGAUUCGCAGCUUUGUUCGCGUGUUCUUUCAUUUGGCGAGACACUGAUACUUACUUCCAGUUCAUCUAUAAGGUGAGCAUCAGUUUGAGGAACGGAAAGAUGUGAAAAAGACAUCUGGAGCUGUUGUAGAUAACUUUUUCCAAACAUGUAUAAUUUUUUUUUUCAAUUCUCAAAGGGCUAAGUAUACUUUAUUCAGUUUUUCGAUUCGAACGAAGAAAAACAGUUUCAAACGCAAUGAAGCCUCUUUCUAAUAUUGCUUUUUCAGUAUUUCGGAUGGCAAAGUCUCAUCCUUGGCAUUCUUUUCAUCACUUGGAUUUUUGCUCUGCUAAUUUUCUUGUCCAACCUUUUCCAAAAAGAUGUUGUAGGAACUAUUGGAAAAAUGAAGGUGAGCGUUUUUUCAUUUCAACUUUUUCACGGAAAUUUCAGCUUCUUAUUCUUUAUGUGAUCUGCUUGGCUCUGCUCAUUAUUUCUGCUUCUCUUGAAUCUUGGUACAUAGGGCGAUCGGGGAAAAACGGAAUACAUCCCGACCCUGUGUAUCACCCUCGAUUCAUUGCUGUUACGGUGAGAUUUUCCGCUCUUUUAGCAAUUUUUUUGAGUAAUAAAUUUUGAUUCAAAGCGUUUCAAUAUAGAGUGGCACUAGAUUAAAAGAUUGUCCGAACGAUCAAAAAUGUUAAUUCUCAAAAAAAUUUAUUUUUCUGAUUUUAUUAAAAACAACUAAAAAAAUAAAGAAAAAAAGCAAAAAAACGCUUGGUUUAGCUAUAGCGACUCAAUUUUCAGCCAGUCUUCAAACGUUAUUUUAUGAACCUUUAACUUUCAAAUUUUUUGUUUCGAUUUAUUUCUUUCCGUUUAAACCCUAUCUUUCCAGGUUUUCAACUGGCUGCUGGUCGUGUCAUACAUUGUACUCAUCCUCGUCACUUUCUUCUUUGUUUGA